AAAAUUAUAUUCUGACAAUUGUUUAUAUUUGUGCGCCGCCAAGCAUUUGAAUUAUUGCAAUUUUUACUCAUUGAAUAUAAUAUUAUUUACAUUUUAAGCAAUAAACAUACAACUAAAACCAAAUGGAAGAAGAUAUUGUGCAAUAUUUAUUGAAAGACAAUGUCGCUGUUAAUACAGGGCCAAAUGGAAAAGAGUUCUUUCUAGAUCAAGCAGAAAAUGAAUUUAAUAGUGGAAAUCUACUGAAUUCUAUAUAUUAUCAAGUGCGCUCAUUAUAUCAAGCUUCGCAGGAACGUUACUUUCUGAUGGAAGUGGCGCCACAUGAAAGUGAGUAUAAAGAAAAUACACCCUCAUUGGCAGAGAAGCUAUAUAGUGAAAUGAGUGAGUGCGAAAAGGAAGAUUUCAAAAGUAAUCAGUUUAUGCAGUUUGUGUACGAAGGUAUAAGUAAACAAAAGCAAAGCAACACCGAUGAUAAAACGCAGAAGACAACGUGCAAUUUUUUACAAAACAUCACAAAUCCUUUGGAAGGCGUGCAGAAAAUUGAGCAAAUUUGUCAAGAAAUGCCAAAAGAGUGGACAAUAUUGCAAUUGUGUAAAGGCCCGCGUACGGAGACAACUGUAUCAGUUUAUCCACAAAUACAUGAAUUAGAUGCUAGCAUAUACCUAACUGUGUUGAGGCAUGCACGUAGUGCUGAAUAUCCCACACCAAUUUGCCUGCGCUUUACUGGUCCCGAGCAGAAGGAACUCUUUAGAAAAUACGGCAAUAUUGCAAAUCAAUUUCGACAAUGCAUCAACGUGGAUCCCAAAGUGUAUAACACAAAAGAAUCGAAAAAAUUAUAUUGGGAUAUGCUAAACGAAUUAGAUCAGUACAUAGCGCAAGUGCUGAAAGAGUUGAAAAAUUUCUUUUUCCCUUGGAGUUUCCUCUUCACCGGCCAACCGUACAUGAAUCCUUCGCCGGAAGCCACAGCGCUAAUGACGCGACAAAAGCAAGCAUUCGCCAGUGUCGAUGACUUUUGCAAUGAGCAACGUUGGGCGGUGCAAGAACGUGUGCUGCUCUCCUUGACCGCCAUGAAUGUCGAUGCGCUGUCUGAACUGGAAAUACAUGCAAUUUGUGCUCUGCUCACGAGCAAUGAACGCGAACAAAGUAAUGCGGCUAAAUUAUUACUGAAGCUGCAAAAUGCGCCAGCAGCAGCUAGCGCUGAAGGCGACGAUAAUAGCGCACUACCAAAGCCCUCGCUACAUCACUAUCCGAUCAUUUUAAUUGUGGAUGAGCGUCUUGAUCAUUUCUUUUGGGAGGAAAUAAAUACUAAACAGGAAUUUUGUCGUGUCAGCUCGCUACCAUCGCUCUGGCGUCUACAUAGCAUCUAUGGUACGCAUAUACAUCGCGGUUAUUUACCCGUCCACAUCACCGACGGCGGUUGCCUACUGAAUCCCGAUAACAAUUUGCCAAAAACCGAGACGCGCAUGCGCUCCUUUUUCGAGUAUUGGCUACCGCAUUGGCGGCGAAAAGUCGGCCAAAAGCCAACACAGGAUGAACUGCUUAAGGACUUCUUUAAGCGCAGCUGUUAUGUCUACGCUGGUCAUGGCUCCGGCUUGCAAUACAUCAAUGGCAAACACAUCGCUCGUCAAGAAAUGAAUUGUGUGGUAUUCCUUUUCGGUUGUGACUCGUCACGUUUGCAUUCGAAUGGCCUCUACAGCGAAUUAGUCGGUUCGCAUUUGUAUUACCAUGCCGCCAAGUGCCCCACUUUGGUGGGCACAGUGAUGCCCGGAUUGGACGCCAAUAUGGAUGGUGUUGCGACGGAAAUUCUUAGUCGCUGGAUAGCGCCAAAAUCGGACAACGUACACGCUUGGCAAUGUAUUGAGGAAAACAGCUGGCUUAAGGAAGGUGUAAUCAAGCCUUAUAAAAGCGGUCUGCCCACCUACAUCGACACGCCCUGCUAUCAGCAAGGCAGCUUGUGCGCUAUUUUGGCGCGCAUACAUCAACGCAGCUUCGAAACCCGUCACUACAAUACGGUGCCGUACGUGUGUCGUGGUUUGCCCGUGUGGAAUUGUGAUGUGCAACCGUUGCCCCACUAGUGGGUGUGUUCUAUAUACAUACAUAUACAUUUGUGGAUUGUGUUCGUUGGCAUGAAUUUAAGGCGCAUAUUAGUUGUAUAAGUUUGUAUGUAACAGUGUUUUAGAAAGUUGUAUGUAAAAUUAUUAGCUUUUUGGCACUAAUUAAGGGGAUUUCAGUUAAAGUUGCUUGCAUGUAUGUUAAAUUGUCUGGAAGCGCACGAUGUUAGUUACUUAAGCUCUCAUAUGUUAAUUAGUACUUAGUUUAAGUCUUUAAAUAUAAUUAAAUUAAUGCUUAAUAAUUAUAAUAAUUCUAAAGCUUAGUAUGAAUAUAGAGUGGGGGAAAAAAUAUUUUGACUUCGGAACAAAUAAUUUUUCUUUUUAGCUUCUCUCUAAAACAACAAUUUGCAUAAAAAUAUCCCACAUUUUUUUUGGUCA